AUGGCAGGAGGCAACAAUGAACUCAGCAGCAGGACAAUCCCAGAGGACCAGAAUGAAGAGGAGUCAGAUGACUAUCAGCUCAUGUUCAAGCACUUCAAAGAAAACAAGGUGGAGAUCGCAAGUGCCAUCACCAAGCCGUUUCCUUUCCUCAUGAGCCUUCGAGACCGAGACUUCAUCUCGGAGCAGAAGUUUCAGGAAUAUCAAGGAACAUGUAGGAACCUGCUCCCAGUGGAGAGAGUCGUGUACGACAUCCUCAGCAAUGUACAGAAGAAGUUUAGCCAGGAUCUUCUGAAAGUGAUAUUCAGCAAAACACAUCUGAAGGCCUACCCCGACUUAAACGAGACUCUAAAACACUUCUUCCUAAAUGCAUCCAAAACGAAUGAUGAACAAGCAGAGGAGAUGCAAUGCAAUGGAGGAGAGGGAAGUAGUUCUUGUGAACAAACGUGUGAUGAACAAGAGCCCCAGGAUGACCUGCCUUCAUCCCUGAGACAAGAAGCAGGGCUUCAGAGUUGCCUGAAGAACCAGGAACAACUUGAAGAUAGAGAAGCAAACAGGACUCCCCGAGUUCUGUCCUCACAUGACCCAACUGCCUCUGGCUCUGGGAUUUGGAUUAUCUUCUGACUUACAAAGGUGAUGUCCCUUCAUCCCUGGAGGUGCUUCAGCCUGUUGGCUACACCCAGAAGUACAGCAUGAUACAGCACAGGGCAGGCUUGCUGUCAGGACUGAGUUCAUUCUCCACACUCACCUGAAACUUCUGCUCCGAGAUGAAGUCUCGGUCUCGAAGGCUCAUGAGGAAAGGAAACGGCUUGGUGAUGGCACUUGCGAUCUCCACCUUGUUUUCUUUGAAGUGCUUGAACAUGAGCUGAUAGUCAUCUGACUCCUCUUCAUUCUGGUCCUCUGGGAUUGUCCUAGGGGACAGAUUCCAUGCAGAAGUAGAUACUGGUUUACAAGAUGCUACCAAUGGCUGGAUAAUUACUGACAUGAAGACUGGUCUGCUAAUAUAAAAUUAAAAUUUUAAACAUCUCAUUUAGUGAUCAAGUUCUGGUGCUUUGAGUUUGAUUUGCUCGGGACAGGGUUAUCAUCUGUAAGUCUGGCUUGCCUAAAAGUUACUAUGUAGACAAGGCUAUCCUCACACAUAGAUUUCACCUGCCUCUGCUGCCUGAGUGCUCAGAUUUAAAUUAUGUUCCAUCAUGUCCAGUACUGUGAUUAGUUUUAAUUGUCAACCUGACACAAUCUAUAAUCAUCUUGGAUUGUAUGAGUCUUAAUAAAGGAUUGUCUAGAUUA